AUGCUGGCUCCUUGCAAAGCAGCUGUUUUGGGUUUGAAAUUCCAACAUGGCAGAGGCUGCAGUCAGUCUUCCCUUCAAAAACUUGGAAUGAUUUCAAAUCACAGGCACCUUCACUUAACCCGAGCCCCCAUUCAUCAGCAAACACAUCGGAUCGAUGCUACUCUAACCUAUCGGGUUCUUGUACCAAAUCUCCAGCUUCAUCUUAAGAAGGACUGAAUUGAGGAAGAGAAUAAAGGGGUAUCAUCUUGGGGCUUGAAGAUGCAGUGGACGCCAGAGCAUGCCCAGUGGCCAGAACAGCACUUCGAUAUCACUUCAACCACCCGGUCCCCAGCCCACAAGGUGGAAGCCUACCGAGGGCACCUGCAGCGUACAUAUCAGUACGCCUGGGCCAACGACGACAUCUCGGCUUUGACCGCCUCCAACCUUCUGAAAAAGUAUGCAGAAAAAUAUUCCGGGAUUUUGGAAGGCCCGGCUGAGCGACCCAUUCUCAGCAAUUACUCUGAAGCUCCCUCGGGGCUGGUGAAUGGCCGGAAGAAUGAAAGUGAGCCUUGGCAGCCAUCCUUGAACUCGGAGAGCGUGUAUCCCAUGAACUGUGUCCCAGAUGUCAUCACCGCCAGCAAAGCUGGGGUAAGUGCAGCCCUCCCUCCCGCAGAUGUCUCAGCCAGCAUUGGGAGCUCUCCUGGGGUGGCCAGUAACUUGGCUGAACCCAGCUACUCCAGCAGCACCUGUGGAAGUCACACCGUUCCCAGUCUCCAUUCAGGGCUCCCAUCUCAGGAAUAUGCCACAGGAUACAAUGGCUCAUAUUUGCAUACCAGUUACAGCGGCCAGCCAGCACCUGCACUUCCAUCCCCUCAUCCAUCCCCCCUGCAUAGCUCGGGACUUUUACAGCCCCCACCGCCGCCACCACCAGCCCUCGUCCCUGGCUACAACGGGACCUCCAAUCUCUCCGGUUACAGCUACCCUUCCGCCAGUUAUCCUCCUCAAACCGCUGUUGGCCCUGGGUACAGCCCUGGGGGUGCCCCGCCACCCUCGGCUUACCUGCCUUCAGGAAUCCCUGCUCCAACCCCUCUGCCCCCAACCACUGUCCCCAGCUACUCCUACCAGGGCCACGGUCUGACACCAAUCGCGCCGUCUGCCCUGACAAACAGUUCAGCCAGCUCUCUCAAAAGGAAAGCUUUCUACAUGGCAGGGCAAGGAGAAAUGGACUCCAGUUAUGGAAAUUACAGCUACGGCCAACAGAGAUCUACACAGAGUCCAAUGUAUCGAAUGCCAGACAACAGCAUUUCAAAUGCAAACAGAGGGAAUGGUUUUGACAGAAGUGCUGAAACAUCAUCCUUAGCAUUUAAGCCAACAAAGCAGCUAAUGUCCUCUGAACAGCAAAGGAAAUUCAGUAGCCAGUCCAGUAGGGCUUUAACACCCCCAUCCUAUAGUACUGCUAAAAACUCACUGGGUUCGAGAUCGAGUGACUCGUUUGGGAAGUAUAGCUCCCCAGUAAUGAAUGAGCAUGGUGACGAGCACAGACAGCUCCUCCCUCACCCAAUGCAAGGCCCGGGACUUCGUGCAGCUACCUCAUCCAACCACUCUGUGGACGAGCAACUGAAGAAUACUGACACACACCUCAUUGACCUUGUUACCAAUGAGAUUAUCAACCAAGGACCUCCCGUGGACUGGAGCGACAUUGCUGGCCUAGAUCUAGUAAAGGCCGUCAUUAAGGAGGAGGUUUUAUGGCCAGUAUUGAGGUCAGAUGCAUUCAAUGGACUGACUGCUCUACCUCGGAGCAUCCUUUUAUUUGGACCUCGGGGAACAGGCAAAACAUUAAUGGGCAGAUGUAUAGCUAGUCAGCUGGGGGCCACGUUUUUCAAAAUCACUGGCUCUGGCCUUGUCACAAAGUGGUUAGGGGAAGGAGAAAAAAUUGUCCAUGCAUCCUUCCUCGUGGCAAGGUGUCGCCAACCCUCGGUGAUUUUUGUUAGUGACAUUGACAUGCUCCUUUCCUCGCAAGUGAGUGAAGAACAUAGUCCAGUAAGUCGGAUGAGAACCGAGUUCCUUAUGCAGCUGGACACUGUACUGACUUCUGCUGAGGACCAAAUAGUAGUAAUUUGCGCCACGAGUAAACCAGAAGAAAUUGAUGAAUCUCUUCGAAGGUACUUCAUGAAACGACUUUUAAUCCCACUUCCUGACAGCACAGCGAGACACCAGAUAAUAGUACAACUGCUCUCACAGCACAAUUACUGUCUCAAUGACAAGGAGGUUGCACUGCUUGUCCAGCGCACAGAAGGCUUUUCUGGACUAGAUGUGGCUCACUUGUGUCAGGAAGCCGUGGUGGGCCCACUCCAUGCCAUGCCAGCCACAGACCUUUCAGCCAUUAUGCCCAGCCAGUUGAGGCCAGUUACAUAUCAAGACUUUGAAAAUGCUUUCUGCAAGAUACAGCCUAGCAUAUCUCAAAAAGAGCUUGAUACAUACGUUGAAUGGAACAAAAUGUUUGGUUGCAGUCAGUGA